UCCAAAUCGCAUCUGGUAGGUUCUUAGCCAUGAGUCAGCCACCAACCGGGGGCGCUGCCCCUGCCACAGCAGCAGCUUCUCCCGCCGCUGCAGCCACUGAGGCUCGUCUGCACCCGGAGGGCAGCAGCAGAAAGCAGCAGCGAGCUCAGUCACCCGCUAGACCCAGGGACAGUUCGCUGCGACAGACAAUCGCGGCCACCCGGUCCCCAGUGGGGGCCGGCACUAAACUCAAUUCUGUUCGGCAGCAGCAGCUGCAGCAGCAGCAACAGCAGGGUAACAAGACCGGGAGCCGCACGGGGCCGCCAGCCAGCAUCCGAGGAGGCGGAGGUGGGGCCGAGAAGGCGACGCCCCUGGCGCCCAAAGGGGCCGCUCCGGGAGCUGUCCAGCCUGUGGCUGGUGCUGAAGCGGCCCCCGCCGCGACCCUGGCCGCUUUGGGCGGCAGGAGGCCCGGACCGCCCGAGGAGCCGCCUCGGGAGCUAGAGUCCUUGCCCUCGAAACUCGGGGAACCCCCUCCGCUCGGAGAAGGGGGAGGAGGGGGCGGGGAAGGAGGAGGAGCCGGCGGCGGCUCCGGGGAAAGGGAGGGGGGCGCUCCGCAGCCGCCGCCGCCCAGGGGCUGGCGAGGGAAAGGCGUACGCGCUCAGCAGAGGGGCGGCAGCGGCGGGGAGGGGGCCUCCCCUUCUCCAUCCUCCUCUUCUGCGGGCAAAACCCCAGGAACCGGCAGCAGAAACUCCGGAAGCGGCGUUGCGGGGGGCGGCAGCGGUGGUGGAGGGAGCUACUGGAAGGAAGGAUGUCUGCAGUCUGAGCUCAUCCAGUUCCAUCUCAAGAAGGAGCGGGCGGCAGCGGCGGCGGCCGCGGCUCAGAUGCACGCUAAGAACGGCGGCGGCAGCAGUAGCCGCAGCUCCCCGGUCUCUGGCCCCCCUGCCAUUUGCGAGACCCUGGCCGUCGCCUCCGCCUCCCCAAUGGCGGCGGCGGCGGAGGGCCCCCAGCAGAGCGCAGAGGGCAGCGCGAGCGGCGGGGGCAUGCAGGCGGCAGCGCCCCCUUCGUCGCAGCCGCACCCGCAGCAGCUCCAAGAGCAGGAAGAAAUGCAAGAGGAGAUGGAGAAGCUGCGAGAGGAAAACGAGACUCUCAAGAACGAGAUCGAUGAGCUGAGAACCGAGAUGGACGAGAUGAGGGACACUUUCUUCGAGGAGGAUGCCUGUCAACUGCAGGAAAUGCGCCACGAGUUGGAGAGAGCCAACAAAAACUGCCGGAUCCUGCAGUACCGCCUCCGCAAAGCCGAGCGCAAAAGGCUCCGCUACGCCCAGACCGGGGAAAUCGACGGGGAGCUGUUGCGCAGCCUGGAGCAGGACCUCAAGGUUGCAAAGGAUGUAUCUGUGAGACUUCACCAUGAAUUAGAAAAUGUGGAAGAAAAGAGAACAACAACAGAAGAUGAAAAUGAGAAACUGAGGCAACAGCUCAUAGAAGUUGAAAUUGCAAAGCAAGCUUUACAGAAUGAACUGGAAAAAAUGAAAGAGUUAUCCUUAAAAAGAAGAGGAAGCAAAGAUUUGCCAAAAUCUGAAAAAAAGGCUCAACAGACUCCCACAGAGGAGGACAAUGAAGAUCUGAAGUGCCAGCUGCAGUUUGUUAAGGAAGAAGCCGCUUUGAUGAGAAAGAAAAUGGCCAAGAUUGAUAAAGAAAAGGACAGAUUUGAACACGAGCUCCAGAAGUACAGAUCCUUUUAUGGGGAUCUGGACAGUCCUUUGCCCAAAGGAGAAGCCGGAGGCCCUCCCAGCACUAGGGAGGCCGAGCUCAAGCUACGGCUAAGGCUGGUGGAGGAAGAAGCCAACAUCCUGGGCAGGAAAAUCGUCGAACUGGAGGUGGAGAACAGAGGCCUGAAGGCGGAACUGGACGACCUUAGGGGCGAUGACUUCAACGGCUCGGCCAACCCGCUCAUGAGGGAGCAGAGCGAAUCCCUGUCGGAGCUGCGGCAGCACCUGCAGCUGGUGGAAGACGAGACGGAGCUGCUGCGGAGGAACGUGGCCGACCUGGAGGAGCAGAACAAGCGCAUCACGGCGGAGCUCAACAAGUACAAGUACAAGUCCGGCGGCCACGACAGCGCGCGGCACCACGACAACGCCAAGACCGAGGCCCUGCAGGAGGAGCUGAAGGCGGCGCGCCUGCAGAUCAACGAGCUCAGCGGCAAGGUCAUGCAGCUGCAGUACGAGAACCGCGUGCUUAUGUCCAACAUGCAGCGCUACGACCUGGCCUCGCACCUGGGCAUCCGCGGCAGCCCCCGCGACAGCGACGCCGAGAGCGACGCGGGCAAGAAGGAGAGCGACGACGACUCGCGGCCGCCGCACCGCAAGCGCGAAGGGCCCAUCGGCGGCGAGAGCGACUCGGAGGAGGUGCGCAACAUCCGCUGCCUCACGCCCACUCGCUCCUUCUACCCGGCUCCUGGGCCCUGGCCCAAGAGCUUCUCCGAUCGGCAGCAGAUGAAGGACAUCCGCUCGGAGGCCGAGCGCCUGGGCAAGACCAUCGACCGGCUCAUCGCCGACACGAGCACCAUCAUCACCGAGGCGCGCAUCUACGUGGCCAACGGGGACCUGUUCGGACUCAUGGACGAGGAGGACGACGGCAGCCGCAUCCGCGAGCACGAGCUGCUCUACCGCAUCAACGCUCAGAUGAAGGCCUUCCGCAAGGAGCUGCAGACCUUCAUCGACCGCCUCGAGGUGCCCAAGUCUGCCGACGACCGCGGCGCCGAGGAGCCCAUUUCCGUGAGUCAGAUGUUCCAGCCUAUCAUUUUACUUAUUCUCAUUCUUGUAUUAUUUUCAUCACUUUCUUACACAACAAUAUUUAAACUUGUCUUCCUUUUUACACUGUUUUUUGUACUGUAAAUCUUUCAUCAUUUACCAUUC